AAUCUAACUUAUAGGUACACGUAUUGGUAUGAUCAGAUGGAUAUAAAGAUUGACCCAGUACGGAGUACGUAUAUAUAUGCCCAGCUAGCUACCAUCAUUCUAUAUAUACCGUCGUAUAUUUUAUCUCACUUAUUAUUAAUCAUUCUUUUUCAUUUCUUUUCAUUUCUAUCUGUGAACGCCAAUUUCCGGUGUUUCCCUCGCGUAUCAUGUCUUAUCAAAUGCAGACACUGCCUGGAAUCACCUUGCAUGGUGAACCCGAAAACACUGGAGUCUAUGAUCAGCAGGAGAUAGUAACGAUAGUAACACAAUAUUACGAAUUACUCGCCUAAUUGCGUUACUUCCCCUCAUCCUACAUCAAAUAUGCGCCCCACGAUCCUCCGAUCGACGUGGAUCUCGCCAAGAGCUAUAAUCUCGAGCCGCAAGUCAUUGAACUUCUUCAAGCACUUCCAUAUGUUAGGCUAUAGCAAUAGAGAUGAGUUUAUUCUCGGUGGAAGUUUUGCCGAUAUGAGGGACCCCAAAGUGUUAAAGCAGAGUCGAGAUCCCGGUUACUGCUCUCCUGAUGGAGGGUUUGAUGAUGAGAAUGGAGAGUAUGUGAGACCCUGGGAGCUCUGUUAUCAAUGAAUGUGGAAAUGGUGGGCCGAUAAUGUAUCUUGAUACGAGAAAUGGUAAUGUUUCGAGCUGUCGUUAUUCCAUCUUAAGCUGUUAGGACUUUUGAAGUUUGGGCCGUGCUCAAAGUCACACCAUGAUACUUUAACAUUCCAUCCCCAAAUUCUUGCUCUAAUUAUAUCCAAUGUUCAAGCGGACUACAGCAUGAUGAUAUUUAUUUCCUGGUUGACAACUCCAAAAUAUCUUUCUUUCGUCAUGUUACACCUCAAAUUCUCUCAGCAGUGAUACUCAAUACCAAAAUUGGUUCCUUCGCCCCGAAAACUUCAUUUCAUGAUUCAAGCUCUGUACUAACUCAAAUCAGGUCACAUCACAGUAAUUGGCCAAGAAUCCGGCUGUUGCGAAGAUCCAGGUCUCUUUGGUUUUCCUGAACGUCCUGAAGGUCCUAACCGCAAUUCGCACGCUCAUUUACCCAGCCGCCAUGUCAAGGAAUUCUUUGAAGAGUGCACAAAUAGGCUUCUGAAACUCCAAUGGAUCCCCAACUCUGAGGACCGUAGAAUGCUCUGUGAAUGUGGCGAAGAGGUACGCAUUUUUUUGUAUUGUUAUACCGGAGCCAAAUCUUUUCCUCACUUAAAAUUGAUAUCAACCUUCUCGCAUUUUUUCCCUUCACAAAAUUCCCUCGGAUGAUUCUCUAACAUCGACCAGUACGCGGAUUUAAAACUUCUUUUUCGCACCUACGGCUGGCCCAGAAACUUCAACUCUACUGGCUUUGACUCUGCAUACACACGCUGGCGCGAAUUUAUAGAUAUUAAACAAGACGCCGCAUACUGUGCCAAUGUGAUACACGCGAUCCACCACUUAGACUGCACCACGGAACGCCUCAACUUCCACUCCCGCCGCCUACGUAACGGGAUCUGGGAUCGCGAUCCCGGUAAAAAUCCAGCACUGAUUAAAGAACUGAACACAGUAAUGGACGGCUGAUGGUCAGAAGUACAGAGAGCAACUUUCAUUCUGGAAAGAACUAUUGCCGAACAUGGAGGCUGGGAUGGGGAAAGAACAGAAAUGGUUAAGGCAUGGAAGAAAUAUUUUGAGGAUUCCAUUGAAAGGGAAGAAAAAGACCUGAAGCGGCGAAAGGGGGAGGGGAAGAAUGUUUGUAAGCAGGAGGAAUUUCGGAAGAUAGAGGAGGAGAUAAAGGUUUUGAAGGAGAGAUUGAUGAAUGUGGAUGGACAGCCGAUGACGGCGGGAGAGGCUAUUAGAUCUUUGUAGGGUUCUAUGAUGGAUGUAGAGGAAAUCCUCAAAAGGCUUUCAGAUUACAGUUCAAUAUACUUAAAGCUUUGAUAAGGGGUGAGGAUAUACAUUGGGAUGAAUAAUGUUAUCAAAUAUUCUUUGGCCAUUUCUAUCAUCAGUAUCGUCUAGUAGCUUCUUGUAACGAUCUGGUCGAGGCAGCGGCUGCCUGAGGUUCGUAUAGUUGGUAGUUGUGGGUUAAGGCUAUUAAUCAUUGGUUAUUUAUUUGAAAGUGAAUUCGUUAUUAGAUCAAGUAGAAUAUAGGUAAACUAAUUAAUAACU